AUGGUGAAGCUGGGGAGUAAUUUGAACGACAAGACCAGCAAACAGCCAUCCAGCGAAGAUGGUUUUCAGACAGUUCCUUUGAUCACGCCUUUGGAAGUAAAUCACCUGCAGUUCCCAGCUCCGGAAAAGGUAAUUGUGAAAACAAGAACAGAAUAUCAGCCUGACCAGAAGAACAAAGGAAAACUCAGAGUGCCCAAAAUUGCUGAAUUCACAGUCACUAUUCUCAUAAGUCUGGCUCUUGCAUUCCUUGCCUGCAUAGUGUUUCUUGUGGUAUACAAAGCCUUUACUUAUGACCACAGUUGCCCAGAUGGAUUUGUUUAUAAGCACAAGCGGUGCAUCCCAGCCUCGCUGGAUGCGUACUACUCUGCACAGGAUUCCAACUCCCGGGGCAGGUUCUACACCGUCAUCAGCCACUACAGCAUGGCCAAGCAGACCAGCUCCCGGGCCGUAUCUCCCUGGCUGUCUUCAGGAUCGGUAAACCAUGAAGCCAAGGCUGCCAAGACAGAAGGUCAUUAAAUUUAACAAGUGGUGAUGGGCAAAGUGGGAGGGUGGGGGGAAAACACCGUGUCUAUACUGCGUUGCUCUAGCUGAGGGUGCUGUGCUAACAGCACAACAGGAAUAAAUAAAACCCAAGUGCAGGAGUCAUCUUAAUGGAUAUUUCUUUUCGUGCAUUGUUCUUGUUGAUUUGUAACCGAGUCGAGCUCUUGUACAAAGGCAUGUUUGAUGUUGACUGUACCUUACGAUGUAAAAAUAUUUUUAAAUCAUUGCUUAACUAUUUGUUAGAAAAAGAAAUUAAAAAACAAAAAAAGCAAAUUAGAUAAACAGCCAGAGAGGAUAAAAGCAGCACAGAGAAUCCUGCAAAGUUUUAUCAUUGCUGGAAAGCUGUGACAGAGGAUUAACGUGCAGUGAAGCAACAGCUGAAAUGCUUUCAAGAGAGGGGUAGAAAGAACCCAAUACAAAGACAUUGUGGUGGUGUUUAGCUUGCCAAAGGGAGGAUAUUUUGCUGUCAAAUUGGAUCUAGCCUCAGUGUUUGUUUGCUGAUAGAGAAAUACAAGCAUCCCCUC